UCAGCCCCUAAACCCGAAGGACAUCACGUCGAUUCUCUGUCGAUCAAUUCAGUUCCAAACUCAGGGACAAGAGGCAGUAUGAAGGUGUAUCACGUGAUCAUAGCUUGUUCUGUCACUGUACUGCUCGUGGUCCUGGAACUCCCCCUUGUUUCGUGUGAUUCUGUAAUCGUCCAAAGGCCGCAAAUAGAUCCGGCUGAAAUGGACCGCCUGCUGGACCCGAAGAGGAAACGACCCUUCUGCAACGCAUUUACAGGCUGUGGCAAGAAGCGGUCGGACGAGUCAAUGGGGACUUUGGUGGAUAUGAAUUCGGAACCAGCCGUGGAAGAUUUGAGUCGCCAGAUUCUGUCAGAAGCCAAACUGUGGGAGGCAAUCCAAGAGGCAAGAGUCGAACUGCUCAGACGACGUCAGGAACAGAUGCAGCAGAGCCAGUUCCCAGCGGCAGUGGAGAGACCUGUGCCCUACCCUAUUGCCGGAUACCGGAGGAAGCGAUCCGCGGAACCAGACCAGGUACCAGCACAUCACACCAUCUCUGAAGCACAGGAGGAGUUCACGAAAUCCUGGAGUCGAUAAAGUGAAGAGCACCAACACCAUCAGUAGCGGCAAUUUGUUCCCGCUGUAACAGUGUCAUCAACAGUCCCAUUGAAAUUGUUCAAACACAACCAAGACACAAAGUGAGCUUUUCUAUCCCCAUGUCUGUCAGUGAAAAAAUAUUCCUGGAAUGUUCCACUUAAACUUCAUGUAGAAUACAAUAAAAACUACACAACUGUA